GUUUGGCUUCGUUGCCUCGCAGGAGGUGUAGUGAUUUCCUGAGUCUCUUCUUGGGCUCCUUCGUUUCAGUUCGACUUCGCUCCUUCGACGACUUUUCCUUCCUGUCGCGGUGUUGGAUCGGAAGUUACGACAUUUUGAUCGAAAGCAACAACGGGAGAUCGGUGGCUGUGAAGCCCCUUCACCUUGUUCGCAUCAAAAAAAGAUGGGUAAGGAUCGGGACCGCAAACGCAGAAGACGAAGAAGCUUGGAAACCAGUAGCUCCUCCUCCUCUCCCUCUUCUUGCUCUGGCAGCGAAAGCGAGGAUGAUAAGAAGCGGAGGUCGCGGCGAAGUCAUAAGUCGAGUCGGCACCGGGAAAAGAGUAGGCAUCGAACAAAGGAAGAGGGCGCCAGAAGAAGCUCACGAAAAAAGAAGUGGAGGCAGCGUGAAAGGUCGCCGAGCAGCGUCAGCGGAGAUGUCUCCUUUUCCUCUGGUCAUGAAUUGUCUGAGCUUAAGGCUAUGAAGCCGGAGGCUGUUAUUUGUCUUAUCUUGGAGAAAUUCCCUGAUGUUGCCCAUGAUCUUGAACAGCUUUUGCAACUUGUUGACAGCGGACAAGGUGUUGAUAUAAAUGGAAUUUCAGACAAGUCAUUUGUCAGACUCUUAAAAAAACUUUUCUUGUCCUUGAAUCUCAAAGAAAAUGGAAAAGGGGUUUUCUCGCUCCCCUCAAUGGCAGUGCCUAUAUUAAAGCUCAUUGGAUCUCCGUUAUGCUCACAUAUUAAAUCCAGAGAAGAUCAUUCUGCAGUUGCUGGAUCACUGAAUGGGCAACAAACUUCUCCUUGUAAAAAAUCAACUGAGAAUCGAGAAAUCAAUGAUCCAGACUUGAUAGAACAAGAAGAGAAAGAAGAUUAUUUGGUUCCUCGUAAAAGGAUUAUUGGACCUGAAAUGCCUUCUCAUGAGUUACUGGCUGCGGCAGCUGAGCUAACAAGAGCAGAGGCUGAACUUAGAGAUGCAAGUUUGGAAGUUGACAAUGAUUUGUUUAUUGGCCCUCCACCACCUGCUUUGGUGGCUGAAGUGGAGUCAACAAAUGAAGCUGAGAGGUUUGAAGAGGUCACACGAAUUGUAUUUGCUGAGGCGGCCGAACCAUAUGAUGUACUUGGGGUUAACUGGAAGGCUUCAUUUGAUAACAUUAAGAAAAAGUAUUGGAAAUUAUCUCUGAUGGUGCAUCCGGAUAAAUGCUCUCAUCCACAGGCUCAUCAAGCAUUUGUGAUACUGAAUCAAGCGUUUAAAGAUCUACAAGAUCCAGAAAAGAGGAAAGCUGUUGAUGAGAAGAUAAAGCUUAAAGAAGAACAGGAGGCAUUCCAGGCUGAGCUGAAAGUGCUGCGUGAAGCUGCACAGUGGAGACGUUUGCAAGGUAUAUCCCUUGAAGGGGAUGAAGAACUUCUUGCAUUUCCAAAAGAAGAACACAAAGCCAGAAGGGAUGAAUGGAUGACUGAAUUGCCUCCAGAAAGGAAGCCAGGGAUGCCGGUACAAUCUACAUCAUUUAGCAAGAGUGGCAAGGAAGGGCGAGGUGAUACCAGCAUGUGGACUGACACUCCCCUCGAUAAAUCAAGGCAAGCAAAGCAGAACUAUUUAGAAGCUUAUAACAAAACCAAAGAACUUGCUGACACAGACCACCAGAAGAAAUCUAAAAGCUCAGAUGCCGACUUAGUCGAUAGAUACAACUCCAAAAAACGUUCAAAAUCCUUGGUGCAGAAAUACCAAGAAGAAAGACAAAAACCCAAAAAGAAAUUGAAAGAGACAGAGAAAGAAGAAUGGGAAGGUAUGCAUCCAUGGAAGCCAUGGGAUCGUGAGAAGGAUUUGACAGCUGGGCGUCAGAAGGCUAAUCUUGAUUCUGAAAGCAUGGCUCAAGGUCUGUCCUCUCGCUUCUCUUCUGGAUCAACUCAGAGGAAUUUCUUGUAAAAUCUUCUUCAGUUUGUUUUAAGAGUUAUUUAACUAAUGCGUUAUUAGCCUUAUAAAGUAUAUGAUCUUCAGAGGCGUAGUUUUGAAGGAUGAAAUUAAUCAAACACUAGUCAUAAGCUUUGAUAU